UAGCUCUAAUUAGUAUUAGCUUUACCAAAAAAUCUCCUAAUCUAGAGAGAAAAGUAAAUAUAGAGAGAGAGAAAGAGAAGAGAACACGUAGCGGAAUUUGGUCCGCGCGCAACGGAGGACACACAGAAGAACACGACACACAGUCUCUCCUCCUCUUCUUCGUUUCUACUUGCCAUUGAAUGUUGUUCAGUUGUUAGGUCUCUUGUGUUUUUGGUUGCUCCACAGGAUUUUGCUCUUAUUUGGUCCUUAAUGUCUGGUGAGGCGUCGUCGUCUGGAUUGGUUUUGGAAGGGAUCGACGAGGUGGAGGACUACAUUUGGGCAAAUGAAGGAGAAGGAUCGUUACCAUGGGAUCGGUUCAGUCAUGUUUUUGAUCUCAUGCAGACUGGAAAUCAGGCCCUCGCAGAGCAGCGAUUUGAGGAGGCAAUCAAUUGUUACUCAAGAGCCAAUAAUAUCAAACCCGGUGAUCCUGUUAUUCUUGGCAAUCGCAGUUCUGCAUAUAUCAGUUUUAGCCAAUUCCUAAAACAGAGACCUGCUUCUACUUCUGAAUCUCAACCGUUAAAUGGCUUGGAUCCUACCAUUCAUGCUGAACUUGCUUUGAAGGAUGCUGAGAAGCGACUAAAUCUUCGAAGUGAUUCAGUAAAAUCUUACAUCCUAAAAGCCAAUGCUCUCAUUUUGUCAGAAAAAUAUGAGCUGGCCCGGGAUGUUAUUAUUUCUGGCCUUCAGGUGGAUCCUUUCAGCAAUCGACUUCGGGCUUCUUUACAGAAUUUGGAGAAAAUGCCACUGCAACCCAGUUCUAUGGGAAGGGAAAACCAUGGAAAACCAGAACGCACAGACGACUUUGACUGCACACUUUGCCUUAAGUUACUAUAUGAACCUGUCACGACUCCUUGUGGACAUUCUUUCUGCCGUUCAUGUCUUUUUCAGUCAAUGGACCGAAGCAACAGAUGUCCACUUUGUCGAACAGUCCUCUUUAUCAGUCCUAGAACAUGCACAAUAAGUGUGACGCUGAACAACAUUAUACAGAAGAACUUCUCUGAGGAAUAUGCUGAAAGAAAGUCAGAGCAUGACAGUUUGACAAACUUUGGCGUUGAUCUGAUACCUCUUUUUGUCAUGGAUGUUGUAAUCCCAUGUCAAAAGAUUCCACUUCACAUUUUUGAAUCCCGGUACAGACUUAUGGUCAGAAGAAUUAUGGAAGGAAGUCGUCGGAUGGGAAUGGUUAUCAUUGAUCCUACAACCGGUUCGAUAGCUGAUUAUGCUUGUGAAGUGGAGAUAACUGAGUGUGAGCCACUUCCAGAUGGACGCUUCUAUAUAGAGGUUGAAAGCCGACGGAGAUUUCACAUCCUUCGAUCUUGGGAUCAAGAUGGGUACCGGGUUGCUGAGGUCGAAUGGAUAAGUGAUAAUCGACCCGCGCAGCCAGAAGAAUUGCAACAAUUAACAAUUGAUGCAGCAGAUUAUGCUUUGGUGUGGUUGAGAAGGGCGAGGGAAGCCGCAGGACAAGAUCGAAGAAGACUCGAGAAACUUCUUAAUGUGGAAUCGAUGAUGCCUAGACCAUUGGAUCCUGAGCGCUUCAGUUUCUGGCUUGCUACCCUAGCAGACAGAAGGCCUUCAGAGAGAUUGGAUCUCUUGCGCUUAACGGAUACGAGAGAGAAGGGAGACCAUGAUGAUGGUGUUUGCGUUUGGACUGCCUGCCAAGUGCUUGUACUUAUGGCUGGGAAAAGCGCAGGCAUUGAGUGCUUAGCACGGUAUAGGGUGAUAUUACGUGCAUUGGACUUCCAGGCGGGCAUUGAGUGGUUAGCACUGCAGUAUAGGGUUGUUACAAUGGGAGGUGAUAAUCAAAAACGUGGAAUGAUCUCCGGCCUUUCUCCUCUUCUCCUCCUAUUUAACCUCAUAAUUUUCACUUCUGCAAGGCAUGAUCACAAAUCUCCUUCUUCAUCUCCCUCUCCAUCAUUACCUGUAUAUAAUCCUCCUGAUAAUUAUCUCAUUGACUGCGGUUCGGAACAACGAACUCAGCUUGAAGAUGGUAGAACCUUCAAAUCUGAUCCUGAGACAACAAGUUUCUUACAAAGCACUGAAAACAUAAAAACUUCAGUUGAUUCCAUUUCUCUCAAUGAUUCCUCUGCUCCUUUAUCAACAUUUCCUUUAUGUAGAACUGCCAGAAUUUUCUCUGAAAAUUCCAUCUACACCUUCUACAUUACCCAGCCAGGGCGACACUGGGUUCGUCUCUACUUCUACCCACUCCCUCACCCUCGGUACAAUCUAACCGACGCAGUUUUCUCUGUCAAUGCUGAUAAACUUGUCCUCUUACAUGAAUUCUCUGCGAGGGAUAAUAGUCGGGUUGUUUUCAAAGAGUACCUUAUUAACAUUACUGGAGAAAGAUUCUUUCUUUGGUUCAAGCCUGAUAAGGGUUCUUGUUCAUUCAUCAAUGCCAUUGAGGUUGUUUCAGUGCCUGAUAGCCUCAUCUCUGAUUCAGCAUCCACAGUUCCCAGUGGUGGAACUAUACAAGGCCUCUCCAACUAUGCCCUCCAAGUCCUGUAUCGAUUAAAUGUCGGAGGAUCCACCAUAACUCCUAAGAAUGAUACAUUGUCAAGGACAUGGCUUCCUGAUACUGCAUAUAAUGCAUUUCCUCAAGGGGCUCAAAACAAGUCUGUUCCUCCCGGAGAUGUCAAGUAUCCGCGAGGUGGGGCGACGCCUUUUAUUGCUCCAAAUUGGGUUUAUGCAACUGCGGAUCAGAUGGCAAAUUCAGAAACAAUGCAACCCAAUUUUAAUCUCACUUGGAAAAUGACUGUUGAUUCAGGAUUUUCUUAUUUGAUCAGGACACACUUCUGUGACAUUGUGAGUUCAGCCCUUAAUGACUUAUACUUCAAUGUAUAUAUCAAUGGCUUGAUGGGUGUGUCCGGACUUGAUCUCUCGAGAACUGCAGGUAAUCUGUCCACAGCAUAUUACAUUGAUUUUAUGCUCAAUGCCUCGGCCAUUAGGAACUACACCAUCAUGGUUCAGGUUGGUACUGCCAACAGUAUAAACUCAGGCCUGCCAAAUGCUAUUCUUAAUGGAUUGGAGAUAAUGAAAAUGAGUGAUUCUGCGGGGAGCUUGGAUGGGUUAUUUAGCAGUAAAGAAUCUAACAAAAGCCGAAGGAAAAUGAAGAUUGUAGCCGGUGUAGGGCUUGCAAUGGGAGUGACAGCAAUGCUGUGUCUUGCCUUGGUUUAUAUCAGGUGGCAAAGAAGGCCUCAAGACUGGGAGAGGCGAAACAGCUUCUCGUCAUGGCUCCUCCCCCUCUAUUCCAGCCACACUAGUUUCUUGUCCAGCAAUAGCAGCUCUAGAAGAUCGAGUUUGUUUGGUUCUCGAAAGAGCAAGAGUUUUUACUCCGGCUUCUCCAAUCAGGGUCUAGGCCGCUUCUUCACAUUCAGUGAAUUACAGAAUGCCACACAGAACUUUGAUGAGAAGAAAAUUAUUGGUGUUGGUGGAUUUGGUAAAGUCUUUCUGGGAAUCCUUGAAGAAGGAGUGAAGGUUGCCAUAAAACGAGGAACCUCAGGAUCAGAACAGGGCAUAAAUGAAUUCCAAACUGAGAUACAAAUGCUCUCAAAGCUCAGGCAUCGUCACCUGGUGUCACUCAUCGGAUUCUGUGAUGAGCAAUCAGAGAUGAUUCUGGUUUAUGAGUACAUGGCCAAUGGGCCGCUCCGAGACCACCUCUAUGGCACCAGCCUACCUACAUUGUCAUGGAAGCAGCGGCUGGAAAUCUGCAUUGGCUCAGCUCGCGGAUUGCAUUAUCUUCACACUGGUGCAGCACAAGCGAUCAUCCAUCGCGACGUGAAGACCACAAAUAUACUUCUAGAUGAGAAUUUGGUGGCAAAGGUGGCGGAUUUCGGCCUAUCCAAAGCUGCACCAAUGGAGCAAGGCUAUGUUAGUACUGCUGUGAAGGGUAGCUUUGGAUAUCUUGACCCUGAGUACUUCAGGAGGCAACAGCUUACUGAGAAAUCCGACGUCUACUCAUUCGGGGCAGUGCUUUUCGAGGUUCUAUGUGCAAGGCAAGUACUAAUCCCAACGUUGCCAAGGGAGCAAGCCAAUUUAGCUGAGUGGGCAAUGCAGUGCCAUAGGAAGGGCUUGCUUGAGAAGAUCAUUGAUCCCCAUAUCGCGGAGACUGUUUGUGCGGAAUCCCUGAAGAAGUACGUGGAAGCUGCAGAUAAAUGUGUAGCGGAACAUGGUGUUGACAGACCUGGGAUGGGAGAUGUGUUGUGGAACUUAGAGUAUGCUUUGCAGCUUCAAGAGGCUUCUUGUCAGAUUGAUCCUCCAGAAGAUAAGAGCACAAACCUCAUUGCUUUGGAAAAACCAAGCCCAGUUCAUUCUAAUGGGAAUUCUGCUGCAGCUGCAGUGAGUGAUGAUUCAGAAGUUGGUGUAGUUUCUCCUAUGUUUUCUCAUAUUGGGAAUUUCCAAGGAAGGUAAAAAGCCUGGUAUCAA